GAAAAAAGAAAAAAGAAACGUAUGAGACCCCGUUAGAAAAACAAGAAACAUUGUCAACAUACACAUUGGACCCAGACCGAGAUCUAGACUGUUUGUAAUUCUUGCGCUGCGAUCGGCAUAGACGUGCCUCUCCCACUCCCUGUUUUCAGUAGUUGUUUCGGAUCUUGCAAGACCUUCACCAUACCUGUGACGACUGCAAUAGUGGUGCUCCUCCGUGAAGUGCCACCGGUCAAGGACAGUGGCUAACCGACUACUCCCGCCACCUACACCCCCAAGGGCAUGGACUGCUGCUCAGUUGUCUACAAGAGGACCCGCUCUCCAUCACCGUCUACCGUGUUGAUGAUGAAGCUAUCAUGAUAUGCUUAGAGCUGACACAAGGUAGUGUGUUCCGUGGAUGUACUGAAACUCUACAGCAUGAUGGAUUCACCUUGCUGGAGCAGGGGCAUGGUGAAGAGUACUACUAGAGGUGUGAGUGUUGAUGAUGGACUCUCAGGGACAAUUCAGUGUGUCACACCUUUUUGGCUCAACAGUGGAUAUAGCCCACUACAGCACAUUGCAGCAUCCUCUACAUGGUUAUGGUGGAACCAUUGCCACAGUCAAUGGGCCCCAGGGGACUGGCCCUGUGUCUUCAGCUGCCACCAUCACUCUGGGUUAUUCAAUCUCUCACCCUCCUCAGUGUGCUGCAGCCCCACCCUACAGUGUGGCUCUUACAACUCAAAUGUCAGCACAUCCACAGAUUCAGUACUAUUAUGAGGGUGCUGAGCCCCUCGGUCCCUAUCCCGAGGUGAGAUACAACACCAGUGCAGGCCUGAGUCUCCAACCUGCUAUUCCUGUUCCACCUGAAGCACAACCUCAGGGGAAUCAUAGUAAAAAGAAGAAGACACCAGGGACAGAGGGGACCAGCACCAAACUGAGCCGCAAGCAUUGCAGGAACCGUGGUGAAGCUUAUGUAAGUGCCUCCGGUAAGUUUGUGCCAGCCAAAAAGUAUGAGGAGCAUGACUGUCAGUGCCGCAACAAAUGUUUGACCAGGUUGGGGACAGUGACUGACCGGGAGGCUGUGUUCAGGCGAUUCUGGGAUAUUGGUGACUUUGGGAAACAGAAUGCUCAUCUAGCCCAAAGUGUUGUGAUGGUACCUAGUGGAGGAGGCAGCAACGAUAAGAGACGAGUUGACACUUCUCUGGAUGAGAGGCUGCUCAGGACUGUGAGGAGGUUCUACUAUGUGAAGUUGCAGGAAGGCCAGAAUCAGGUGCGGGUCUGCAAGAGUCAGUUCCUGAGGCUGCAUGGAGUGUCUAAUGGGCGGCUGGACCGAGUGCUGCAGGCCCUUCACUGUGAGCAACCACACGCCCUUCAGGAUCGACGGGGGCAGCAUGCUCCAAGUAACAAAACUGCCCAGGAAGACCUGGAGCUUGUGGCACAGCACAUCCUAAAGUUGCAGCAACAGAAGGCAGGAACCUCAGGUGAGACUGUAACUCAAGAAGUUACAGAGAAGGAGAUAUCAGUAAAGAAGAUGCAUGAACUGUACCAGCAGUGGUGUGAGGAGCAGGGCAGGACACCUGUCAGUCUAUGGGUGUACCGCCAGGUUAAAUCCAGGCUUACCCCACAGCAAGAAGAAGGAAAUCCUAAAGCUGGUAGAAUGAAAAACUCCCUUCCUGCCAAGAACUUGCUGAUGCCUCAACCUUCCAGGAAUGAGGAUGGUACCUUUGGGUAUCAAGAGAUUCAGGAGGCUGUGUUGGGACCAGGAGACACCACUGCCAUUAUGUAUAAACAUGCCAGUGUCAGUACCACACUUUCUCAACCUGCUGCUGCUUCCACUUCUAUCACCAGAAUCAUCAGCAGUACCACCUCUUCUAAACCCUGCCUCCACCAGCACCACAAACAGUGCCACUAUCACUACCUCUGUCAUUACUUGUUCUGUCAUCACUGGUGUCAACUUCACUCCUACUGCCAUCACCGUCACUGCUGCUAACUUCAUUCCGAUUACCAUCACUGUCACUGCUGCUACCACCACCACCACCACCAGCACUCCUGCUGUCACCCCCACCACUCCUAUCACCACUGUCACAACUGUGGAACCACUCCAACAGAGGAGGAGGAGAAAACAAAGGCAGGGUAUCUUGGGAAGUUCUACCAUGAGCCGGGAACAGAGAAAAGCCUGCAGGAACAGAGGGGAAGCAUACAUCACCUCAACAGGCAAGCUCCGUGGCAGGAAAGUGUACCAGGAUGAGCCGUGUGAGUGCAGACACAGAUGCAUCCCAGCCUUGGGCACUCCUGAGACACGCCGGCAGGUAUUUGACAGUUUCUGGGGUCUGGCCAGCUUCACACGGCAGAACGCAUACAUCUCUCGCAUGGUGACUCUUGCACCUCUCAACCAGCGACGGACCAGUACCACCCUGUCCCGUACCUACUCAAGAGUUUACAGUGUGCUACUUGAGGAUGGAAAUGAGGUGGUUCAGGUAUGCAAGCUAGCUUUCCUCCGUCUGCAUGGUGUUUCCAAUGGCCGGGUGGACCGUGUGUGUUACAGGCUGUGGCCUGCCAGUCUCCUUUUGCUCUUAAGGACCGCCGGGGCUGUCACUCUCCCAUAAACAAGACCCAAGAAGAAGAUGUGAGUUAUGCCUUGAGCCACAUGAGUACCUUCUCUUUGGAUGAUUCUGGUCAGUCUGAUAGAUGCAGCUUGCCACAGAACCUCAAUGUGGGAAAGAUGUACAGUCUGUACCGAGACCAGUGUGCCUUGGAGGGUAGGAAGCCAGUGGGGAGCUUUGUCUACAGGAAAAUCCUGAAAGAAAGAUUCAACUGCCACAUCAAAAUGUCUUCCAAUAAAACUCCAGAGAAGGACCUGAGCUUCCCAGGGAGGGAGAGGACAAAUCUUCACUGACCACAUUUGCAUGAAGGUCAGUUGUGCAUAAAAAUGUAAGAUAAUAAAUUGGAAAGACAAGCUUUGUAGCCAAAAAUUGCCCAACACUAUUUGAAAUCCUCACCUGGAAACAUAAGCUUUGCAAUAAGAAUUGAGAUUAAGUGCUAGAAAAUAAGAAUUUGGAGAAUUUUAGUGAUAAUUAAUGAGCUGUUAAUAUUGAUGUCCAUAAAAUAGGCCACUAACAUUGAUACUGAUACCAAUACACCAGUUCAUCUUUAUGAGAAAUAUCUUCUUUUACCAUAAAGUACACUGAUGUUGAACAAAAGAUAUUAGCAGUCUUCACGUGCAGCUUUGUUCGAGAAAUUUUGAUAAGUGUGACAUCAUAAAGAGUUGUAACUUGUAAUUUUUGUCUUAGUUGUGAGAGUAGCUGAUGGGAGUCCUUUGGAGGCUGGUGUAAGGAGUUUACAUGAGAACUAUGACAAGAAGUACAGCUAGGAGUUGGUGAAACUGUGGUGAUCCAGAAUUCCAUUCCAAGCAAAGCUCUAGCAGCUGCACUUCUUGCAACUCCCUGACCCAGCCUCACUCUGACAUCAAAAUGAAAAUUUCCAGAAGUUGGGCAGCAGCACCAUCGCUACCACUAAAUGCCAUUUGACCAGCAAUGAACUCCAGCAGUAAUUUUUGGUGAGGAAGACAACACUGCACUGUGAGCUGAGGGUCUGAGGUGGCUGGCAUUAGGGCACUGGGUGUGGCACAGAGAUGCCCACAACACAGCACAGGGUUGCUGCUGCUGCCACAGUCCACCACAGCCUGCUGACAGUGGUGGCAGUUUUGCAGAGGAUGGAUUAUUACUGUCAUGUGCCAGAUCAGAUUUGCAAGUCUUAUCAGUGUUUAGUGUUUGCUGUUUCAUUCUACAGUGUUUGGAAUUCACUUUUUGGCAGGCUGGGAGGACAAGAGAUGGGCUCCAGGAAAGGAUCAACAUGGAUGUGGCUGCUAAUAUGGAUGAUGACUAGUGUCUGAAGUUUGGAAUUUAAAAUUGACAAUUUUUUCAAGAUUAUUGAAAGUUAUAAAGUUUAUGCUGUUGCUGUUUUGAAAUGACUUUGAUUCAAAUUAGUACUUUAAACCAUGAACAAUUAUGAAAGUAAUGCCAUAUAGUACUUCACAUCAGAAAAUACUCUAACUUAUGUUUCAUUAAAUUUAAUGUUACUGAAAUACUGUACAUUUAUAACAAGGGAAAAUGGACUUUCCUUCUUGUUUAAAUGACAGAGGAUCUUGUACUCAGUCUCCACUGAGCCAGCAAGUCCAGCUCCUGUCAGUUGGCCGGAGGUGGGGAGGGCCAGGGAGUGAGGCCAAACCUCCACAACACAGAGUGACACAUGGGCCUACACCACUGACACACACAGUUCCCAGUGAUAGUCAAAUGUGAGACUUAUGCAUAAAUGACACAGAUAACAUCAUGCUACACUGAUUGCUUGUCACUCUGAGAACCUCCUGUCUGGUGCUAAUGUUCAGAAUGUGGACUAUUAGCAACAGACAAACUGUACAUGUACAUACAAAUACAUGCUUGGAUGCACAUACAUGCACCCUCAUGCAUGUAUAUGCAUGUAUGCACAAACAUACAUACCCACUUACAUACACACAUGGUCUAGAAAUAUAUGUACAAACUGAUAUUCAUAAUAAGCAAGUAAGAGGGAGAUUGUACUGUCAUAUUUAAACAAUCUGAGGAACUGUGAUAGAAGUAUCAAGACUACCUCUUUACCUACAACUUGAGAAAUUAAAGCAAAUGUGAUAUGACAUGAUGUGAUAUGAUGUGAUGAAGUGCAUGGACUGAAUAAUAAUCUCUCUCUCUCUCUCUCUCUCUCUCUCUCUCUCUCUCUCUCUCUCUCUCUCUCUCUCUCUCUCUCUCUCUCUCUCUCUCUCUCUCUCUCUCUCUCUCUCUCUCAGUCACAUCAGGUACUCACAUAGGUCAUUACUUUGCCCAUCUGCAGGAAUGUAUUAUAUGCAGAGUCAUUAGCUUGGGUCCAGUGAUUUUGCCAUCUGAAGACACAAACAUGGUAACACUAUCUCUGGGUGAUGCUCUCACCUGAUGACUGACCUAUAUAUUCUCAUCUUUUAAAACAUAUUAUAAACUGGCUUUAUAUUUCUACUAAGACCUUGACAUGUAUUUGUAAGGUAAUUUCCUAUAUGUAUAAUCCAUUAUCUGGUAAAUGAAAAAAAAAAAUUUGUUAGGAAUACAAAAUCAGUUUGCCUCAAGUUUUCAACAAAGCUGGAAUACAUAAAUUAGUCAGUGGGCAAAAGACAGAGUGAAAGUGUUAGCAUGUUCAUACAUCUUCAGGUGGCAAAAUUACUGGAACAGAAUCACUGACACUGAGUAUAUGGUGUGUAGUGGAUGACUGAAGGUACAUAGGUGAGGUUGAGGAAUAUGGUCACUGGUGGCAGCUGACAGGACUCCUCAUGAAUAGUUUAUAGAGGAAGACCAUUAUUUAUGAGAGAGAGAGAGAGAGAGAGAGAGAGAGAGAGAGAGAGAGAGAGAGAGAGAGAGAGAGAGAGAGAGAGAGAGAGAGAGAGAGAGAGAGAGAGAGAGAGAGAGAGAGAGAUUACUGUACUAUUUUGUAUAUUGCAUGAGGCUGCUGGUAUCUGAACAGGAUAGCAGCACUAAACCUGCAUCUGAGGGGUGCUAGGAGUGGUUGAUGUGUAUGUAAUGUAAUGAGUAAUUGAUGGCUGUGUGAUGAGUAACAAAAUGUUUCACUCAAGGAAUUACUGUGUAGUAGAAAGUCAGAGGUGAAAGGUUGAUCAAUCUCAACAUCAAAAUCAUACAUAGGUUUUGCUAAUCAUAAUGAUUCUUUGGUUUUACUACAAAACAGUAGAACAGGGAAUGAUCAUACUGAGUUUGUGACACACACACACACACACACACACACACACACACACACACACACACACACACACACACACACACACACACACACACACAUACACACACACACACACAUGCACACACACACACACUGCAUCUUCACUAUAUACAAAUCUAUUUAAUAAAUGUGGCAGAAUUCCUGUACUCUUCCAGAAAGAGGCAACUCACUUCAUAUAUAUACAUUAAAACUUUUGGUGAGAGGACAGACACGAGUUCAGUCUAUAUAAAAUCUCUCCCCCAUAACACCUGGUAUAGUUUUGACCCAUGCAAGUCCCUUCAGUUUGUGAACUUUGGGGGCUUUCCAGUACUUCAUUUAUUUACUUUUCUGUGACUGGGAUCUUGCAAAUGAGUGAAGGUGUCAUACAGGGCCAUUAGGCUUAGCUCAUGAUACAUAUAUAUACACUCCCCAGCUCAGCAUGAGGCUUGAGGACUUUGAUUCUUUCUCUUUUGUUAACGCUCCUCAUCCACUCUCCACUGCAGGUCAGGUGCUCAUUGUUGUAGUGACUGGCAUGCUGGCCUCACUCCUGCCACAUUCCAUCUUACCUGUCCAUCACCAUCAACAAGUUUCAGCUCCCUCUUAUAUUUUAAAAGAAAAGUAUUACAUAAACCCCUUUACAGAAAACUUGUCAUCUCCCACAAGGAGUAUUAUCCACCACAGAACAAUCAUAUUUGUCUCAUAUGCUUCAAUUUUAUGAAUGACUUUGUUCAUGUGGCAUAUCUACAAUAGAUAAUGCACAGUGUUUUGACUA